CCCAACAUGACGCGGCCCGUUCCAGUUCUCUCCGACUAUGACAUCUCCCCCAGCCACGGCUUUCUGGCGCUUGAAACACCAGCUCUUCGCCAUCCAUACUAUGCCAAAUGGGAGGAAGUCGUGCGCGACCUCGAUGCACUGUUGCAGGCCAAAAAACUGCGGCACACCAUCGGGCAUCUCCCCGUCCUCUCGACCGACUAUUUAGAAACACCAGCCGAGUGGAGGCGAGCGUACGUCUGCCUGACGUUCAUGCUCAAUGGCUAUGUGUGGGGCGAGGAAAAGCCCGAACACAGAAUCCCUCCUCCGCUCACCGUUCCCCUUCUCAAAGUCUGUCGCCACUGGGAGCUACCCCCGAUCGCGACAUACGCGGGCCUUUGCCUGUGGAACCAUCAGCACCCCGUCCAAGGUCUACCGUGCCCUCAACCCGAGGAUCUGGUCGUGUCGUGCACAUUCACCGGCACCGCGGACGAGCAGUGGUUCUACCUCAUAUCGGUAGCCUUCGAGGUCCAGGGAGCCCCCGUGAUCCCGUUGAUGCUCGACGCAAUCGCCGCUGCGCGCACCUGCAACACCGUCCAAGUCACGCGCUCCCUGCAAAGAUUUGCCCAGCAUCUCGAGGCGCUGACCUCGCUUGUCGAUCGCAUGCACGAGCGGUGUGACCCCAAGAUCUUCUACCACCGGAUCCGACCCUUUCUCGCCGGGAGCAAGGCCUUGGGUAGCGGUGGCCUCGUCUACGUGGACGGGGCAACCCCCCCGGAAGCUGGCCGGAGGUAUGCAGGCGGCAGCAACGCGCAGAGCUCGCUGAUCCAGUUUCUGGAUCUUGUCCUGGGCAUCGCCCAUCCCUCCUCCUCCUCCUCCUCCUCCUCCUGCUCUUCCACCGGGGACUCGGGCUUCAUCGCCGACAUGCGCGCGUACAUGCCGGGCCCGCACCGUCGGUUCCUGGAGCACGUCGCACAGAUCGCCAACAUCCGGGCCUUCGUGGAGGAGCGAGGCGACGCUCUCUCGGAGCUCCGGGCCGCCUACAACGCCUGCAUCGACGGGAUGUGCGUGAUGCGCAAUGUCCAUCUCCGCAUGGUGGCCCGCUACAUCAUCACCCCGUCGCGGAUUGCGGGCGCGGAUGCGCAGCAGCAGCAGCAGCAGCGAGGGGAUUCCUCCGUCGCUCCCCUUCCCGCUUCCCCUCAGCAGAAGACGGUGCGAGGCACGGGUGGCACGGAGCUGAUCCCCUUCCUCUCGCAAAUCCGCAAUAAGACGUCCCGGUCGAGACUGCCUGCGGUGGCCUCCGCACGAUCCCGGCCCCCGUGGAUCACGGAACCGGCCGCUCGGAGAGGAGCCGCACGACUGAGCCGAGAGAAGAACCAGCUGGCGACUCCGGUUUGGCUCCCUCCUCGGAUCGCAUGGGUGGAUGGGGGCGGUGGUCUACAUUAUUAUCUUCUCGUUUUGACGGCGAGUAUGGCGGCGACGGUUCUGGUGGUGGUGGGGUACCGGACUCUCGAACCGAAUGUCUCGGGGUUCUAGAACAGUUGAUCCUAUGGUGGUAGUAACUUAGAUAGUCGCCCACAACCUGGCAAUACGAAAUCUGUCCGAGAGCCC